CCCAAGGUUGAGCCCCAUGGCCGACCUGCUUUACUCCCUGGUCUCGCUGGCUGAGGGUGGGGCUUUUGUCUGUAGAGUUUUAUUUUUCCAGUUCACAUUUUAUUUUGCUUGUAGGAGAGAGCUAUCCCAUCCUUAAAAAUAAGGAAAACUUGGAAAACUGACUUGCCCACUUCGGCCUCACGGGACUUCCUUACCCUGCCUAUGGGACACCGGGUGCUCAGCUUUCCAGCUAGCCCACCGAGAGAAACGUUUUCGCCGUCCGUGGACUUGGGACUUGGGGGCCUAGGAGAAUUUUCUGGACGCUUUCCCGCCAGUGAGUGCGGAAGGCAAAGACUCUGGGGAAAAGCAACAAAAGGCCUUCUCGUGGAGGAACGGGCUUAAAGCCUGAAGUUUUUCAAGAUGACCAAAGUACCAGCCACCCCCCAAAAGUUACAGAACAUCUCCAGCAAGGCCAUUUGGCCCUCUCCCACCUCGGAUCAAAUGAGCCAGGUCCCAGACAAGACAGUGACAAGCUAUAGGACUAUGAACAAGGAAAUAAUGAACCUCAAAAAGGAUCUCGUACGAAGCCGAUUCCUGAUCCGGUGUGUAAAGGUAGGCCGUGGAUAUUUUAACAUACUUCGAGAAGAAACUGCCAUGAAAAAGAAGCAGCAGCAACUCCAGAAGCUACUGGAAGAAGAAUUAGAAAAGUUUCAGCCAGCCCAGAAGGUCUCAGACACCCACUACCGGGACUCCGUAAUAGCUACCUACGAAGAGGAGAAGAUAAAGAAGCUGGAGUCCAUGCGCCCAUUCAGCCCGGUCCACAGCUGCAUCAUGGCUCCCUCCUUGCCUGACUCUCACGUGGAUCCCCUCUUCCGCCAGCUGUGCGCCCUCCACUGGCUUCUGGAGGCCCUGACUAUCGACCACACCCACCAUGCCAUGAGGCCCCUGAUUGCCUGUUGGAACCCCAAGGACCCAGGCGGCAGCAAGAGCUCAAUAAAGAAGAUCAACAAGGACAAGUCCAUGGGGCAGAGGUGGGAUCACUUCGUCACAGCUCCUAAGACCAAGAAAUUUAAAGUCCCUGCCAUUCGCACGGCCAGCCGGAAGCUCAGCAGGCGCGCCUCUACCCUCAGCCUGUCCCGGACCAGCGGGGGCUCUUCUCCACAGAGCAGCAUGUUGUCUGUGAACCCGGGCUCUGAUGAGCUCCCCAGUGUGGUCACACAGGGCACUGGCACUGGCAGCAAAGACAUUGAAGACAAUGAGUCGUCUUCCACUAAGCCAGACGAAGAACCUCUCCACCCAGUCUUGCAGAAGCUCCUGGAAAUGGUCCGGGAAGACGCCCGAAGAGCCAUUAUGAUGACCACUGAGAUGCAGAAGAAACGUCCCAGCCUCCUGUCUUUAAACAAGAGUGAUUAUGUCCUGAAGGAGUGGCAGAUGACCCACAAGUCCAGUGAGAGAUCCAGCACGACGAGUGGAGACAGCCACAUCCCAGGCAACCAGAAGAAGACAAAGGGCCGUGCUAACCGUGACAUCAUCCAUUGCAAGAGCGGGGUGUGUAACAGCAUGCGGGCCAAGUUUUUCAGCAUAGCCCAGGAGGCCAGCUACUGCCUGCAAGACAAGAUGGAGAUUCUCAUAAAACGCCAAGAAGAACGAGGUAUCCAGAAGUUCAACUCCUUUGUUUUCGUCUCAAAUUUACAAAAGGACUUAGCAACAAUGCGGCACCAGAUCUCGGUGUCAAAGGGGGAUGCGGAGGAGAUUGCCGACCACUGGUACUUUGAUUUGUUGUCCAAACUCCCUGAGGACCUGAAGAGCUUCCGGCCUGCCAGAAAGAUCCUGUCAAAGCUGCAGAAGUUUGGAGAGAACCUGGACCUGAGGAUCCGGCCGCACGUUCUUCUGAAGGUGCUCCAGGACCUGCGGAUAUGGGAGCUGUGCUCCCCAGACAUUGCGGUGGCCAUUGAGUUUGUGCGAGAACACAUCAUCCACAUGCCACAAGAGGAUUACAUCAACUGGCUACAGGGCCGGGUCGGCAUGCCCAUCCGGCAGCAGCCUGCCCCACCAUAGCGGGGGGCCAGUGGCAGCGGAGGGGGCCACGCCAGCGCUGUGUUCCUAAGCCCAGCCGAUGCCUUUGCCUCCUCCCUUCUCUCACAGACACGCGUCACAGAGCUGGGAGAUCAUCCGGAGACACUUCCAGAAAUAUACUAUAUACUAGAGAUGACGGUCCCCUGGGGCCCUCCCCUCCCCCACAAGGUUCCCUGUCCUGGCUCAUGGUCCAGAUCUGACUCUGCCUACUUUCCAAGAUGCCUUCAUUAUACCCCCCUUCCUAAAAACCCUGAGUAAUAAAAUUGAGCUGGAUUUCGACAUUUGCCCAAGGGUUCGAGGUGUGGCAUUUGGGUGCAGCAGUCAGAUCCUAAUAGAGCUUAUUACUUAUGAGCUUAUGAGCUGAUUUAUGUGACAGCCCAAUGCUGGGUGAUUUGCCUGUAUAAUGUAAUUGUCUACAUCAGCAUAUGCUGUAACAUUCCUGAGCACAUACUAGUGAGGUCACUAUUCCAUACCACUGGAGCAAGAGUGCUACUUAAAUAUCACAUAUAUUGUCUUGGAUGGAUGGACAAGUGGAUGAAUAAAUGAAUUGAUAGAUGUGUAGGUGGAUGGAUGGAUGAAUGAUAAAUGGGUGGGUAGAGAUAUGAAUAAAGAGAUAGACAAAUGGGUGAAUAAAUAAAUGUGGAUAAAUGGAUGGCUAGAUUAUAGAUGCGUAAAUGGAUGGAUGGAUGGACAGAUGGAUGG